AGAUUUUGUUCUUAUUAUUCCCCAUUUAGAGGCCCAUCAUGAAAGUUACUGCAACAGAUACCAUCGCUAUGUGCCUCGACCGAUUGUCCUUCAUCGCCGCUAGCAAGAACCAGCAUCUCACCUUGACUUAGUCUUCAAUGCGCAAGUAUCAAAUUACUGGGCAUGGACUCACCGUGAAAGCGCGUGAGAGUACGAGAUACCCGGAACCGGAAGUUGCGACGGCCAGUCUUAAGUAGUCGUGCGCUCUUACCUCAAGAUGCAAACGCAGUUACCCACCAUCUCGGAAGGCACUGUUUGUUGUCGCCUCACCACGGCAUCAACUCUCUACACACGAUCCUUGCCCAUUGCACCCCUUUCUCCUCUCUAAGCACAUCAAUUCCAUCUUUCCCAAUACCCAGUGCAGAAAGCAGCAGAUAUGGCGACCGCGAUCACAGCACCCAUUGUGGAUGCAGGACCUACCGAUGAAGCCUCUAGCAACAGUACUGCUACCUCUGCCAUUGAAGACCAUCCAGAUGGUGCAGAGAUUCGUCGUCAAGUGGAGUUCUACUUCUCCGACGAAAACCUUCCCACAGACAAACACCUACUACAGUGCUGUGGUGGACGCGAGAAUCUCCCCGUCUCGAUCAGUCGCAUUCGCGGUUUCCAGAGGAUGCGCCAAUACAAGCCCAAGACCCUCGUUACUGCAGCUCUCCGCUUGAGCGCCUUUCUGGAAGUGUCUGCUGACGGAAAGACCAUCAAGCGUAAGGUACCUUUGACUGGAAAGAAUAUCCUCGAUCCAGAUUACUUCGAUGCCGAAGAUGACGACGAUAUUGCCUACGCCCCGGGUUCUCGAAAGGCGAAAGCGCAGCAGCCGGCUCAGUAUCCAGUACCACUACUGCCCCAAACAAAGGCAAAGUAUCCCGAAGGGGUGUCUAAGAAUAUGCUCAAAGCUACUGGGUUCGAGAAGGCCUACAUUGAGCCUGUUCUCACCCCUGUGGAAGCUGCCGAGGAAGAAGAGAUGUACGCUCUGACCAAACCGUUUGUCGAACGUAUCGAGAUCGCCAUCCAGCGCUUCAAGCAAAAGCGUCGCAUGCAUGAAAUGUAUGCACAUGUCUUCAACAAGCUCAUGCGCUUUGGCGGAGUAGAGUCUGGUCCUCGCAUGUAUCAAGGGCUUUCCAAGCACGAGAUGAAUGAGAUGGGUCCUGAGGAACUUGCAAGGGCUCUCGCUGUCCACAAUGUACCCUGGGACCGCUCUAAUGAGAACAAGUGGGUCGUAGAUUUUGUAGCUCUCUGCAAAGCCUUCCUAUCAUCUUGGUAUCCCGCCCACUAUGGCUAUGCGUCGUAUGCUAUCAAAAAUGCUUGCCAAGUUCCCCGCUCCUUCCUCGGGUAUCUUCGCUUUCACCGUGUCUGUCCCGAAUUCGAUGACCAGCUUGCCACUGCACUUCAAAUCUGCGAUCAGGCUGAGCAGGAGCUUCCAAAAGUCAACUCUCUAGGUCUUGCCCUGCCCGGAGAUUUCAACAAAUCUGCUAGCGUCUUAUUCGGUGGUGCCCAGGCUGGUAUGUAUACUGGUAACAAGUCCUGGGCGGAGGAUCUGAAGAAGGAAGGCCUGGCGGUUGUGGAAAUUGGUAUCCGGGACGAAGAAGCCAGGAUCAAGUUCGGCACUGGCAUCGCUGUUCUGGGUUCGGAGGCGCAAUAUGACAUGUUUGAGUCUGGGCAGCUAAAAGUUCUCGGCAAGGACACUGCCUACCUUGAGGUCACUGCCAUCAAUCUUCCCGACAACGAUACCAAGUCUGCAUACGCAGAGCAGAGCGAGGCCUUCAAACAUAAGCUUGGACAGCUUGGACCCCUCGGUAAGCUUUCCUGCAAGACCUGGCACACGGACGACUGCGACGACUACGAUCUACCCAAGGAUAAAACCAAGUACCCCAACGGUAAGCCACGGAAAGCUGGCAAUGGCAAAGAGUACGAGUUUUGGAUCGAGGAGAGCAUUCUUGAGGACUGCUUCGUGGGCCUGAAGAUGGAUGCCACUAUCCUGCUCCUUUCUGGUGGUCUCACCAUUCUCGACGACAUCAAGGAAACUAUGUGUAGCUUCUACACUUGGAUCCCAAACGAGCUGUGGAUGGAGAGGAAGCCAAAGGAGGUGCGAUGGUUAAAGAAGGGCUUGGGUCUUGACGAGGACGAGGACGAGGUUGAGAUCCUUGGAGGGAACAAGGCGAGCGCGGAUAAAGAUGCUUCCGAUGACGAUUUCGACGACGAGUAGAAAAGUAGUCGAGGGACGAGCCGAUAUGUUUUCGUGGCAGGACUUUGAUGAAACAGUAGUCCAGAAUGUCGUGGUCUGAUCUCGUGCCGAGCCGUCUAGGACAAUGGAAAAUUGACAAUGUUUUGGUUUGGGAAGUAAGAUUUCAGAAAGGGAGAGUCACGAUGUAUUUCCAAACAUGGUAAGAUUUGCCGUGGACGCAUGUAUCCCAGGGUCAGCGAAAAACUGCAGUUUCAAUG